CUAGUCGCCGCCGCAUUCGCCGGCCGGAUCUCGCAGCGCACGCUCGUCCGUACGCUCGCGCACCUCAAACAUUCCUCGCGUGCAGUGAAACUUUUCAAAAUAUUUAAUCGCGAAAACAAAUGGGCGUAAAUAGUGAAACUUAACAGGUGAUGUAGCACAGUGUGUGAAAUAAUACUGACUGCGUGCAUUCCGAGUUGAACUCGACAGGAUUGUGACAGAGUGACAGUUUGUGUUCUGUGCGAGUUUUUCUCGAGGAGUUUUCUCUUGGAGUGAGUCGGAGGCCGUAGGAGCGACCGGCCCCGACAUGGAGAGUUACUUCGACAUCUCCAACGACCUGAAGGACGUCUGGGAUGCGGACAUUGACCCGGAGAUGCAAGAUGUCCUGGACGAAGACGAGGAGAUGAGCGACUGGCUGAUCGAGCGCGACUCCAAGUCCGGCGUGGUGCUCCACGAUCGCCUGAUGACAGACGCCGCACUCGGCUCCGCGCCCAUCAAGACAGAACACUCCUACAGUCUACACUCAGAUGCCGAGUCCGCGCCCGCUUCGCCACACCAUACCAAAGUUGACGACAUGGAAGACGAGUGCUACCCCACAAUCCCGGCGAGCGCGUGGAGUCGGCGGCGCUGUAGCGAGCCUGAGGUGAAGGCCGAGCCGAAGUCGGAGCCCGAGUCCCCCGCCUCCUCCUGCCCCCCGUCGCCCACGCCCAACGCGCCCCUCACACAUCUUGACUACGUUAUUGACCACACGACGGGAACAAUCCACAUGCCACAAGCAGUCCUCCAGAAGGUGGGCGCGGCAGGGGUGCCACAGCUGCUGCUGAGCGCGGCUCCUCGCCUCGCGACCUCGCUCACCUCCAACAAGCUGUCCAUCAAGGUCACCAGCUCGGGCACUUCAGGUUUCAACCUGCCGCCCACCCCGCCGUCGUCACUGUCUUCGUCGGACAGCGAGGGUGCCCUGUCCCCGGCGCACGAGGCGUCGGCCGCGCCGCCCGCGCCCCCCGCGCCCGCCAGGCGCACACACCUCUAUGUCUCCCAUCACUCAAGACAGCCUAUCAAUACGCCGCUAAUUAGCAGCCAACCGAAGGGGUCGACAGGCACACUAGUUCUGACAGAAGAAGAGAAGCGCACACUCCUAGCAGAAGGGUAUCCCGUGCCCACGCGCCUCCCGCUGACUAAAGCCGAGGAGAAGUCACUCAAAAAGAUCAGGAGGAAAAUUAAAAAUAAGAUUUCAGCACAAGAAAGUAGACGCAAAAAGAAAGAGUACAUGGAUCAACUGGAGAGGAAAGUGGAAAUGCUCAUAUCAGAGAACACAGAUUACCGCAAGAGGGUGGAGACUUUGGAAUCGAAGAACGCCAACCUACUGAGCCAGUUGGCCGCUCUCCAGGCCCUGGUGACGCGGGGCGGCCGCAAGUGACGUCACAAGCCGAGCUCUCAGUGACGUCACCGUUGUAAUGUGUCGCCCUCUGCCCGACGUGUCCGGAACACUCGCACAGAGUAGGCACAUUUCUUGCGUCGUUAUAGUCGCUAGCACCAGUAGUAUAUUCGAAAAUUCUAUUUUUGAAAAUAUUUUUUGAUUUUUAAAUUUAAUUUUUCUUUUAUUUACUUUUCAAUACAUACAUUUUUAAAGUAUGUCUUUCAAAUUGCUAUUCUUAUUUUCACAUACUUAAUCCGUAUUAGAAAACAUAUAAUAUAGAUUUUCUUAUAAUGGUGCUAGUACUACUAUAACGGAUGUUACGUUUGACGUCGCUAUACGUUACGUCUUACCCGCAUGCGCGUAAUCAGCAGAGAUCCUGCUAGCUACUUUCUAUAAGCAGCGUCUGUACUGGCGACACGUCCAGGGGGCCUACAAAGGCAAUACCUAU